UCUAAUGACAGCUCGGAGCGAGAUCGUCGGAUAGAAAGCGUUCCCAUGGCAGUGAAAAGAACCCCGAGAAGCCAAAAAAAAACCCAAAAUAAGUAAAAAUGUUCGUCCCCGGGCGGCGCAUUGCGCCGAACACGAAGCAGGAGGCGCAGAUUUUGCUGCAGUUUCAGAAAACCUUAUUGAACGCCUCCUGUCCCGCUAUGAACAACAUUGGGAAGGAAAUUUCCCGGAAAAAAAAGGAGUUCGUCUUAGCACUCCACGAAUUAGACUACGACGAGGGGAGGAAGAUGGAAUUUGUACAAAAGGAGAAAGAAGAGGAGGAGCGGAAACUAUUAAACAGCAAAAACCUCGUCUCCUCGGUGGCCACCAGUUCUUGUGCCAGCCCUGGGGCGGGAGGAGAAGAACCUCCUCCUGUGAAAACGAAGACGAGCUCCUCGAGCAACGAGAAUAACAGUCCCUCCUCGACGAAGUCCUCAUUCCCCGAGACCUACCUGAUCAUGAUCAAAGUGAACAAGGACGAAACGCUGCUCCGGUUAGCGAAAGAGCAGCAGUUCCCCCGCGGUUGCCCGUUUUUGUUCUUCCCGAAAGAGAACAGAGUACUCUCUUUCGGUUUCUACCCGAAAUUUGGACACGACUACAACGUGGAGAAGGAUCGAAAAUCCGGGAAAAACAGAAUCAAACCUGUCGUGCAAAAAUCGAACGAAUUUGCGGAGUUUUUUGAAGAAGCGUUGAAGCAGAAAACGGUCGACUCGGACGACGAAAAUUUACGACUUUUAGUCGACCCGAGGGUUAAGCAGAAUAAGGAGGAGGAGAAGAAGAUCCGGAUGUUUUGCCUGAAAAAAUACUCGGGGUUUCUCUCCAUUUUGAUCGCGUGGGAGUGGAAAAAGGAAUUCUUCUACACAGUGACCUCGAAGAACUCCGCGGAUUUUUUCGUCGACACAAAACUCCAACAGCAAUUCAUCAACGGUUUUGAUAACAACACGAAUUUCGUGAAAAUCGGCCUAGAGCAGUGGCGGAAUUACAUGUCCGACGCGCGAUGUAAGAAUUCUUGGGUGAAGCGGGAGCAGUUGUUUAUCCAACACCUCGCGAAGCAAAAUCUCUGUUGCACGGCUAUGACCCGCUCAGGUGUUACAAUCUCAAGCGUUACAAUAGAAUCUGAGAUCUGUCUUGCAUGAUGAGCAUGACAGACUCGCAUAGCGUUCCACUUUCUGCAAUACAGAUUUCGCCAGAUUGUAGUAGGGUUUGGGGCUCCGGAACUUCUCAUGCGCAGUCCUAUGAGGGUUGGCCAGAUCAUGCAAUCUUGCAUCACAGAUUUCCAUACUCUAUUGUAACGUUUGAGAUUGUAACACCUGAGCAGGUUAUAACGGCGGAAGUGAUGAGCAAGCAGGACGAGACCCACGGCACGAAGGUAUCAACUGCAAAUAUGUCUGGGUCUGGAAAAUAAAUGCAAGCUUGUCAUGCUUGUCUGGCAUAACUCAGAAAUCUGUGCUGCAUGAGCAGGAAAAGGGCCUCUUGCCUGUCAUGGAAAAACGCAGUUUGUCAUGCGGAGAGCGAAAUAUAAAGGAGCCCAGAAACUUGUCAUGCGUUGCUGCGUAUUGCAGUGCGCCCACCAGACACAGCCUAGCAUCACAAGUUUCCAGACCCAGACAUAAUUGCAAUGCAUAGGAGGUGAAGCAGGACGAUAUGGUGAUCACGGGCGUGUUUGAGGGUGCGAAAGAUCACGAGAAGGAAAAACACAGGCUGUCCACCCCGAAAUCGGUGUUAGACAUGGUGAAAUUCUGCAACGAAUGGAAUCUGCCGUGUCAAAAGGUGGUUGGGAUCGGGGAGUCGUUAAAUGAAAUCAACCGGUUUUACAACAAAUUGUGGGAAAAGAAGGACUUCAUGACGGACGAGAAAUUUGAGGAGUUUUUGGAAAAGGAGGCGAAAGCGACGCUCGGGUUUUACGAGAAAUUUAUCCUCGGGAUGAUGAACAUCAACAGUGGUAGCUGCAAUAGUAAUCUGAAAACAACCAGCGGCGCUGGUGCACAACAGAACAACAAGCAAGCCUCCUCCUCGUCCUCCAGUUCGAGAGUAAAUCCGAAUGAUGGCAAAAAUCCAGACCAGCAGAACAAAGUACAACUAGACAAGCACUGUUUCGUCCACCACAAGGACAUUCUGGGCGAUUGCCUAGAGGGGGUGAUCAUCAUCGUUCAAACCACCACCGGCGACAUCAAGUCCAUGCGGAAGUUGAAGUUUCCGAAUUACAUGUGCCGGAUCCAACUGCGGGAGUGGAUGAAAAACUUGAAACAGACGGCGAACUUCGCGCUGCAAAAGGGGAAAAAUUCGCCGAAUAUGAUAACUUCGUGUAUCGCGAACAAAAUCUAUCCUGAGUAAAAAUCCCCCCUCCCCAUAUCGAAAAGGUAUGCUUCCGAAAAUUUGCGUUGCUGAUUUGAGGUCGCAAAUCACAUUUGUAUUGCAAGAAGACAAGGGCAGAAGCUUCCGCCCCACUAUGGAAGCGAUUUGUCAUGCUGCUGGCCCUAAAAGUGACCCGCUUGCCAUGCUGAACAACUAGACACAUACGCCCCUAACUAGCCUGGAGAUCUGCCCGAAAUGCCUCUCUGCAAUACAAAGCUGAUCUGUGUACGCAAAUCCAGCAUCAGAGACUUCCUUUUGAUAUGGGGAGGGGGGAUUUUUCCUUUUGAUAAAAUCUCCACUUUCACCAUGAAGUGGUGCGCCACGGAGAUGGGCAGAAAGUACUGGCUAUCCUGUGCAAAAGUAUAGGAUUCGUAGUAAUUGCAGUCAUGCAUUACAAGUUUCUUUCGUAAGGUAAAUCCGCAUGACAAAUUUUAUUUCUCAUGCUAAGGGAAUUUGUAAUGCAUUUAUACGAGUACGAUACUUUUGCAAUGCAUACUGGCGGGCGUGGCUGUACCGGGCCUGUGUGUUGCACUACGAGAACAGCAUCAGCAGUAUCGUUUCGAGCGGGAAUUCUUUGGUAAAAAACCACAUCGCGCUGGCGGAAGCCACGGAACACCAGUGUCAGAAGGAACGGGAGGGAAAAGAGAAGGAAAGGGAAGAGAAAGAGAAAGAAAAUAAACAGAAUCUACUUGAUGUUCCAAGUAGUACUUUAUCGGGUGAUAAGAACAAAAGCAGCACAAAUAAAGUCACAACUGUUGUUGUUCCGGCACCGAACACAGCCCUGGAGACGAAAUUCCGGGCGAUUUUCGAACAGAAGUUGAGGGACCCGAAGUUGUCGAAACUCCUGAUCUUGGUUGUCGGCCCAGUCGGCUACGGGAAGUCGAGCUUUGCCCGUCAGAUGGUGGAGAAGUUGAAUAACAAUAUUUUUAAUAACCAGAGAAGUUGCACUUCUUCUUCUGCCGAUCAGAACAGCAAAGACGACCAGAAUUAUUGUACCACAGCUUCUUAUGGAUGUGUCAGGAUCGAAAUCGACAAAAUCGAAAAACUUGUGAUGCAUAAAAUGUAGAGCACUGAAGGCCUGUAUUGGGGAGCAGGCAUAUGAGGCCGAUUGUAAGCCUGUUUAGGGGUAUGCAAUGCGCUGCCAGAGUAGCAUGACAGGAGCAGUCUUCUUUCCCUAAACAGCAUGACAGACUGGAUUUUGGUGCUCCCGAAAUUUGUCAUGCGCCACUCGAAAACUGAGGUUCCAACUGACAUCGAUUUUGUGCAUCACAAAUUUUUCGAUUUUAUUGUGAAUUUCGAUUUUGACACUCCCAUACUUCUACUCUGAUCCACAUCGACGGUGAUGAUUUGGGGCUGGUGAACCACAAUGUUAAAGCGGGGGCACCAUCAUCAUCUGCAAGAACUUCAUCAGACGACAACGGCGCUCCUGCAACAGCGAAUUAUGCAGCAGGGAUAAAAUCGACUUCUGGUUCUGCCUCGUCCGGAGGUUUAUCCCUGUCCAAGAUCGCCAACCGGCUGAAGCACGAGCGGCAGGAGCUCACUUUCUUCCGGUUAGUGCAAGCCAUGACGGAAAAGAAAGUCCCGGUGCUCUCUUGCGGUGGCGUAUCAAGUGCAAAAAUGUCUGGGUCUGGACGGGUGCAACUUGUGAUGCGCAUUUCACAACACACAAAAAUCUCUCACGCAUAGGCAGCAAAAGGCGCCCACCUCCUGUAACCAAACUAGUGGAUUUGUCAUGCGGAUUGGGCAAUGCGGAAGGUCCUCGAAAUCUGUCAUGCUAGGGCUUCCAUGACAGACCUUCUGCGUCAUGCAAAAACAGCAUGACAAAAAUCUGCAUUCUUCCAGACCCAGACGUAUUUGCAUGUGAUACGGCGGGGUGCUGUACGACACCGGCAGCUCGAACGGCAAUGCGGGGUUGAACGCCCCUACGGCCGGCGGGCAGACCGGCUCCGUUUCCACGUUUGAAAUGCGGCUGCGAAACUGGUUUCGGUCCGUCUUGCCGCAGUUUGAAUUGAAAAUCGUGACAUUUUUACCGGUAUCAAAUGCAAAUAUGUCUGGGUCUGGAAGGAUGCAAGGUUUGUCAUGCUUGUCUGGCAUAACUGAAGAGUUUGUGAUGCGUGUCCAAGAACAGACCCUUUUGCUUGUCAUGCAAAACGCAUUUUGUCAUGCGGAAAGCGCAACAUUAAGCAGCGCAAAUAUGAUUUCUCAUGCUUGGCUGUGGAUUACAGAGAAAUCACUACUCAAAACUCAGCUUUACAAUACAAGUUUCCAGACCCUCGAGACAUAUUUGCAAUGCAUAACCGGGCGGGUAUUAUUCCGAGCGGGUGUUGCAGCCGAAAGGGCCGAAAAGUGGUUCUACUUCGGUACAUCAGGAAGUAGUGAACAACAACGCGUGGGAAAUCAUGCAGAAGGGCUUUGUCAAAGACUACGCGAAUUCAAAAACCGUACAGGAGACGGUGCGGAGCCGGUUGGCUCGCGGGGAGUGGGAGUUGGAGGAUAAGCACGACGAGGAUCUUCACGAAGAAAGUGAGGAAGAAGCUCUUCCUGGUGUUUCUGUUGAUUCAAGCAAGGACGAACGCAUGAUGAGGACAAACAACUCGGAAAAGAACGACCAGCAACAAGGUGCACAACCUGUCCGCGUCAAAAGCUACGACAAAAUCUCCACCUCGGCGUCUCACCGAACGGAGCGGGAUCGGGAUAACGCUGCUCGUGACCACCGUGAUAAAAAUUAUGCUCGUGACAAUGCUCGUGACCACCACCGUGAUAGAAAUGCCCGUGAAGGCCGCGACCGGGACCGUGAUCAUACGUCUCGCGACCGUAGUCCGAGGAGGAACUACACCCGGUUUGCGAUGGAGAAUGACGAAAGGGAAAAGCCGGGGACGAAAAGUGUGAUCAGCUUCAGCAAAGCGUUGGAACAGGAAUUCGUGAGCAAAAUCGUGAAGCUCAGCUCCAAAAACGUGCGGUUCGCCAAGAAGUUGAUGCUGGACUCGGAUUUCGUCUAUCAUUUAUGCAUUGCAAAAGUAUCGUGCUUCUAGUAUAAAUCGCAUGACAAAGUUCCUCAGCAUGAAAAAUAGAACUUCUCAUGCUGAUUUACCCUUGGGAAUCAGAUUUGUCAUGUAUAUCUGCGAUUAGUACGAGCGCGAUGCUUUUGCAUUUGAUAUCACUACCCCCGGAUCGAGUGGAACGAGAAGAAGAACAAAUUGAGUCCCAUCGACUGGGACGUGUGUCUGAAGGAUGUAUACGGCGAGUGUCAGCCGGUGGUGGUGGGAAAUAAAAGGACUACCUCAAGCAAAGAAAAGGAAAACAAAGAGGACGGAACGAAGAAUAAGAACGAAAGCAAGGAGAAGGAGAACAAUAAAGGGGAUACAGCUAAAUUUGAAGAUACAACUGUCCCGAAGUUGUACAACGGCGUGAAGGAGUUUGAGUUGAACCACCUAGCCCGGAUUUUUAAUACAGGAGCCGCGUCUAGAGGUAGAACCACAUCCACGUUGCAGCAGCAGGGGAAGGACCUUCAUAGUAAGACUGGGGCGACAACGUCUUCUCAUGCAGGGGCUGCUGCAGCUGCAUCAACAGCAACAGCAUCUAGUUCUUCUUCCAACAAAAUCACCACCACUGAGAACACCAAUUCCACCACCCUCUACCGCUUCCACCAGAUCCGGUGCUUGGCCUAUGUCGCUCCGCAAUGUGCAGCAGCUGGGAAGAAGAUAAAGAGCAAACCUGAGAAUUUGGAGCACGAGAAGAAAACCCCCGUUGACCACCACGACAAGUUCAACUCGAACACAUACCGCGACGAGCACUUCGACGUGUUACAACAAUUCGGGCACAUCACGCUGCACUUCGGCGAUUUUUACCUCAACGAGAAACUCAUCGAGAAAUUUUUCAAACCCUUUGAAAGCUGCGGAAAUUUCAAUUUGGGGUCCUCGAUGAUGCCGACGGCCACUUCCUCCUCCGGGGCGGGGGAGAUAGUGAGCAACAAGACGAACAACCAAGGCUGUUUGAAGCUUCACGGGCUCUACUGCCGCUUUCCGAAGCAGAUGAACUUGUCGUUCGUCGCGGUUUUUUUUCAGGACAAGGAACAAAGGGACACCAGCAUGACAAACGCCAAAGGUCUUGCGGAUUAUCAAAUGUAAAAAUGUCUGGGUCUGGAACAAUGCAACUUGUGAUGCUGCGUCUGCAUUAUCCAAAAAUCUGUAUUGCAUGAACAGCAAAAGAGGUCUGGUUUUGGCCACGGCAAGAGGGCAUUUCUCAUGCGGUAUAGGCAUCAGAAAGCCCUCACAAGAUCUGUGAUGCUAGGGCAUGCAUCGCAGACAUCAGGAGUCAUGCAAAAUGUGCAUGACAAACCUUGCAUCCUUCCAGACCCAGACAUUUUUGCAUUUGAUACGGAAAACGGCAUGACAAAUAGCCGUCUCUUCGGCCACAUCACGGUCGACGUGGGGAAGUAUUCACCGAAACACGUGGCGAAAUUAUCCGAGGCAAUGUUCGGCGAGGAUAAAGUCGCGGGGAGGAGUGUCGUCACGAUUGAUGGCGAGGAGUAUGACGUGAAGGACAUGCUGUCUUCCAACGUGAUUGUGAACAUCUACACCUUGUUCUGCGUGGCGAGCAACCGAAAGCCGUCCUGUGCCCACUCGGGGAUCGAAGCGCCGGGGAAGACGAAAAUUGUGGCUGGAUUACCGGGGAGUGUGGAGGAGAAAAUUCAGCACUUGCUGGAAUUUUUGGGGAUGAACAAGAAGAACCUGAUUUGUGCGAAGAGCGACAAAGACGACAAGGACAACGUUGAAGAAACAGCUGCUGCUGGUGCUCCGGCUUCCUCUUCCAGCCAUGCACAGGUAUCGGUUGACAACAAGGUAGAUAAUGAAUCUGUGCCGAAAGUAGAGCAGGAAACCGUGGAAAUAAACAAAGAGAAAGUAGAACCUCCUGCUUCGAGGGAUGGAGAAAAUAAAACCGAGGAGAAAGAUCACAAUACUUCCUCAUCUCCACAACAACAAAACUCGGGUAAAAAAGCUGACAACACCUCCUCAUCUCCAGAACAGAACUCGGGUAAAAAUAAAGCCAAACUACACGACCAGAGCUUACACGACAAAAAUUUACUCGUCCAGAGUCCCUUAGCGAGUGAGAAGCAGAACCACGUGGACCAUCAUCUGGCGAAUAGGAAGGCGGUAUCACAUGCAAAAAUGUCUGGGUCUGGAAGAAUGCGCGAUCUGUCAUGCUGCUUUUCCAUGACCCAUGGGGUCUGGAAUGCAGGACCUAGCAUGACAGAUUCUGUGCGAUCUCUCUCAUGCCUAUCCUGCAUGAGAAAGUCCCUCCCGACUUUGUCAAAACUGGACGACUUUUGGUACUUAUGCAACACAGAUUUUUGCAUGUUUCAGAUUUAGCAUGACAUCUUCCAGACCGAGACAUUUUUACAUUUGAUAGGCGGAGCCACCAGCGUAUGACGAAUCGGUGUUGGAUUUUGGGGAGGACGACGACUUGGACAUGAACGAAUUUAUCAGCAGCAAUUUGGAUCACAGCGCCCCGGUUUCCGGGAAGGUAGCGGAAAAGGAGAAGGGUCUGGAGGUGGAGAAACAUCAAAAGCCGCGGCGGCACAGCGACAGCAUUGACAGUGACAUGAUCAGCAGUAAAAUUCCACUAGUGUCCUCUUCCAAAAAUCAUAACCAGAAGAAAGACCAAGACGUAUCAACUGUAAAAAUGUCUGGGUCUGGAAGAAUGCAAGAUUUGUGAUGCAGUUUUUCCAUGACCCAUGGGGUCUGGAAUGCAGCACCUAGCAUGACAAACGCUGUGAGGUGUCUAUCAUGCCUAUUCUGCAUGAGAAACUCGCUGCCAAACUGGUCAAAAGUGGCCAUCUUUUGGUAAUCAUGCAACACAAAUUUUUGCAUGAUCCAGAUUCAGCAUGACAAGUUGCAAUCUUCCAGACCCAGACAUUUUUACAUUUGAUAAGACGACAGGGACGACGAUAUCCUGUCCUCCUCUCCGUCUCUGUCCCGAAACAACCGGGGCAAGCUGAGUCCACCGAACCUCUUAUCCUGAGUAGAAAACGUCGCCGCCUAAUAUUCAAGAUGGGGAAUAUCAUGAUAAGUGCAGAUGUAAUAUGCCGUGUCGUGGUUCUUGCGGUGAGCUCGUCUAGCCGCAUCACAAGCUGUUAUACCGCCUUAUCCUGACUAGCGCAUCACAGAUCUCCAAAGUCGAUGUCAAGACGCUUUCUUAUGUAUGAGGCUGCGUACUAUUACAUAGAUACACGCUAUUGAGAGAGAGAGUUCAGAUUUGCAUGACAACAACUUUGGUACUAUCGUGGCGACGUUUUUGCGCAGGAUACUUCUCCUCCGACUCGGAGCUCUCGAGGCAGAUCAGGAAGAGACGAAAGAUCGUGGAAAAGUGA